AUGUCCCCCGUUGCUGGAAUACCUUCAGAUGUUCGAAACAUUUCGGGUCCCUUAAUCAUCACGUUCAUGCUAGGCUCGAUUUUAUAUGGUGUACAGGUACUUCAAGUUUAUAUCUAUUACUUGUCAUUUCCCAAGGACCGAAAGAUCAUUAAAAGCCUCGUAUACAUUGUAUUCCUUCUGGAUACGACGCAAUCAGCCAUAUUCUUUCGUGAUGCCUUCACAAUUUUCGGGGCUGGGUUCGGGGAUAUGGCAGCACUGAGGGCUGCGCAUCUUUCGGGUAUUAGCGUACCCAUUCUGACUGGAUCAAUCAGUCUCAUUGUGCAAUGUUUCUAUUGCUACCAGAUCCAAGUCAUCUCUCGCUCUUGGAUUCUCACCCUUGUCAUCAUUUCGAUCGCAAUAACACAAUUCGUGAGCGCUAUUAUCGAAGGCGUAUCCAUUUUUGAGAUCAACAACUCCGCCAUUCUUCAACAACGAACCCUCGUUCCGUGCACGAUAUGGCUUGUCGGAAGUGCCCUUUGUGACACGAUCAUUGCUGUAGCGAUGACCGCCUACCUCUUCAAAGCCAGCUCAGGCUUCAGAGGAAACGCCAUGAUAACGCGUCUCGUUCGCCUGAUCAUAGAGACGGGGACUCUUACAGCUUCCGUCGCCAUCAUCGAUGCAGUCCUCUUCAUUUCCGUUCAAAAAUACCCAUUCCAUAUGAUCCCUUCCCGCUGUUUAGCAAAACUCUACUCCAAUACUCUUAUGGUCAUUCUCAACAGUCGUACAACUCGAGGAAGUCGAGACACUGCGUCAAAGUUCAACCACGUCUUUACUAGCGGUUGGGGUCAGAGUGUGGAUAUUCGAUUUGCGCAUAGUGGUUCUAGUACGAAUGGAGGAACACAACGCACGAUAAGUUCCCAGGGAGGAGCAGGGGAACCAUCUCGGUCAAGCGCUCCGAGAACCCAACUGGAAUCACUUCCGAAGCUUCUCGUUCCGCUAGGAAAUUUGAACUUGAACGUCGAAAACCAGGAAGAGUCGCCGAGAGAUGAUGUUGAGCUGUCAAAAAAAGUUCGCCGUGACUCAUUGUAGAGCUCUGAAGCAAUGUGUAGGACUCGCGUGACGUCGUGUUUUCGGUAUCACACCAAGAUCAAGGCUAUUCGCUG